AUGCUCUCCCGCUCGGCGACUUCACCCGCCGUGGCACGCGACUCUUCCUCACUCGCCGUCAAUCCUGCCAGUCCACCAAGCCUCGCCCGUCACGACGCGGCAUCGCCACCAUGGCAUCCGUCAGACCACUCCUCGUCUUCUUUGGCCUCGAAUCUCAAACAAGGCGCCGAUCUUCACAAUGACAGUCCCCGGCCACGCUUCACCAUGGACCCGGAGGGGCAUCUCACUCAUGACAAAACCACCGUCGACAUCAUCACCGUUCCAUGCCCGGGCGGCCAUCCCCUGCGCAGCUGGAACCGCGACGGCCUCAUGAGCCGCUACUAUGGCGCUCUGUCCAUGAGAGACGCCGAAGUGAAAGAUGACGCUGAGCGACCAACGCCUUCGUGGGUGAGGCAAGGCAUAAGGCGGGAGGCGGACAAGGCGCGCAUCUUGCUGUACGAGCAUCCAGAGAUGGACGAGGGCACGACUCUUCACACCCUUGCGGAUGAGCUGUUGCGGAAUUUACAGCGUCUAAGGGAGAUGGAGGAUGAUGAGCGGCCAAUCCUGUUUAUUGGACACAGCCUCGGCGGGCUGGCGGUCAAGAUGGCGCUGGUCAAGGCAAGUAACGAGGCGAGAUAUGAGAAUAUUCUGAGGCAGUGCUACGGAGUCGCCUUUUUUGGAACACCUCACCAGGGCUCGAGCUACUUUUCCCUCCCCAGCCUGGCAUGCAGCAUCCAAUCCCUGCUCCAGCUCUCCUCACCUCUCCCUCCCUCGGUGACGCAUCAUCUCCGCGUGGGAAACAGCGUCCUCACACGCCUUGACGAAGACUUCAAAGCCGCAUCCAAUGACCUGCAAGUGUGGACAUUCUACGAGACCAUCGACUCUCGCCUCUCUGGGGGCAAUGCCACGGCCGGACCGGACUCGAGAGACGUCGACUUUACGGCGCCGCUGACGUCCAUGAAAUCCGCCAUCUUGGGCAUGCGACAGGAGCGCAUCUUCCCUCUACAAAGCGACCACGCCAACAUGGCCUCCUUUGGCAGACACAAUGUGCACACGCUGCAGAUGUUCCUGAAACAGCUGGCCCACCAAGUCUGCCACGCGGACACGAAUGCGCGGGCGAAAGAAUCCAGCGGCCAGUGGACGUUGGGGCUGGAGCAAAAGGUCAAUGUCGAGGUGCACGGCUUCUUUGACGACGCGCCGCCCAGCCAAGGCCAGCAUGGAGGCGACGACGUGGACUAUCCGAUUGUCCGGGCGUGGAGCACAAGAGUACCGCUGAGAGAGUUCCUAACCAAGGGACCCGACGAGUGUCUGAGCGAACGGCUAAACGAGGUGGAAGGCAGUCCGGAGGAGGAGAGGGCAUCGCGACAUCGUGGACGGACGCCACUCGCCGACAAGGCAAGCGAGACGGCACGCGUACCGCCCGCCGCCCCGAAUCUCAUGACCGUCCAGAAUGCGCUGGGGAUACGGGAUGCCCUGUCGAGCGCGGGACUUGUACCGUCUCCCGCGUCGCCGAUGGAUUCAUGCUCGGCCGGACACGCUGCCCAUUCGGCGCCGGCGGCCACACCCCGUGGUCCGAAGACGCCCCCUUCACGGGCGAUUUCUCCCAAAUCGAGCCCCAUUCGCAGGCCGUCGCCGCUGAUACGAGCAGACAUGGAGCAGGAGCUGGCGGUGGAUCGACUCUCGGCGCCGCUCCGGGGCCGGAUGGGCGGCCGCGCGAUGAGCCGCUCCUUCAGCUUGGGCAGCGACGGAUCCCGCUUCGAGGACAGGGACUUGGCGCCGUUUUCUCCGCGAAGCCGGAGUAGUAUCGGUGACGUGCUCGCCAGCGACGACGAGGACAUGGAGUCGCCGAGGCUGCCGGGAGCCGUGGCUGCCCGCGAGGUUGUCGACGAGGCGCCCGGGGCGUUUAUGAAGCCGGAUGUCAGGAGCCGCAAGUUUGUGUGGGUGCAUGUUCCGUUUAAUAACCCGACUUGGGUCAAGGUGAGUCCAAUGCGACAGCCCGCUGACCUGGUAUAUGUAGUGUCCCCUCGACAUCGAUCCCUCGGGAACCAGUCGCUCUCACCACCCCUUGGAAGCGGCGACUCUGCUUACACUUGCUUGUUUCUUCCGUACCUCCACUUUGACUCGUACACGAAGCUCCUGCGCCGCCGGGAUACCAUCACCCGGCGUCUCUCCCAGGGCCGCGCGCACCCGGUCCCGGAAACGGUUGCCAAGUCUGACUCGCUCGAAGUCCAAGUUAUUUGGGAGUAUCUGGGCCACGAUCCGCCCAUCAACUGUCGACGUACGCUGGACCAGUAUGGGUAUCCGUCCCUGCGCGACACCAGAUCGCGCGAUGACGAUCAGAUGCUGUACAAGCUCACCAAGGAACGGACGCCUGCACCCGACGCCAAAGGUUUCGCGCUGAACAAACAGGGCUCGAGCAACGCCGCCAUUUCAGAGAGCGGCCGAAGUGAGCGCAGCUCGGGCAGUAGUUGGCGGGAGCGGCUUUUGCGGCGCGACGUCAACGACGACGAGGACAGGGUGUUGAAUGGAAACGUGCUCAUGGUAGACCAGCUGUGGCUCUGGGUCAUUCAAUCGCACACGGUUGUAUCCUUCUUCCCCAGGAGAGAAAGCGACCCCAUAGAAGGCCCGUUAUACCAACAGGCCGACCUGCGAGACAGCAUCUUCAACGAAGUCAACGUCGACCUGACGCGGCAGUGCGAAAACGCCCUCGACCUAGCCGCCCUGGCCGCCCUCCACGCCGUCAGCGUCCUGCUCGACCGGCCGUCCCACCCGGACCUCGAAGUAUUCCGCAUCUUCGAAGAAGCCAUCAGCGUGCUCACCGAGCGCCUCACCUCGUCCCUCAAGGAAUUCCGGUCCCAAGGCUUCCGCGACAAGGCCCUCGACCACUCGCCCGUGCAAGACGGCGCGCGCACCAUCCGCAAGCGCCACAAGGAGGAGGGCCGCCGCGCCGAGCGCGACAACCGCGACAACACCUCUGCGCUCCUGGAGCUGCGCGACAUGGAGGACGAGCUCCAGACGCUCCUGCACCUGUUUGAGCGGCAGUCCCGCGUCGUCGCGUCCAUGCACGCCGCCUACAGCCGGCCCGAGCUGCGCGAGCGGGCGGCCAACGGGCGCGCCUUUCUCGCCGAGGCGCUCGCCCGGCUGCGCGACUGCUGUCGCCAGGCGCAGGUCGACGAGGUGCGCCUGAGCCGGCUGCACGCCGACCUGGCGAGCGCGCAGUCGCGGAGCGUCAUGAUCUUCACCACUUUCACCGUCAUCUUCCUCCCGCUUACCUUCUUCACGGGCCUGUUUGGCAUGAACACCCGCGAGUGGGGGGGCGAGAAUAACCUGUCCCUCGAGACGAUUGGCUUGAUUGCCGUUCCGUCGAGCGCGGUGCUGGUGCUGGCUAGUCUGGUGAUUGCGUUUAGCUCGAGCGCCCGCCGGUUUUUUCGGUGGGUGGACGGGCGGUAUCGGCACGCGGCGCGGCGGGUGUAUUUUGAGAUUUGGGGCCCGGUGGUGGUCAGGCUGGUUGAUUUGGGGGGGAGGGUGAGGCGCAGAAGGAAGGGGGGCGAGGAGGAGGGGCCGAGGAGGAGGAGGAAGCUGGAGACGGAGGUGAGUGAUUUCUGGGAGAGGAACCGGCCGGAGAGAGAGGGGGGGUACAGGAUCCCAGAGGUGAAUAGGCGGAGGGUGAGGGUUGGCGAUGCGACGGGGACGGCGAGGUGA